AUGACAUCUACACGCUUGCAUUCAAUUAUUCAAAUGUUCAAUGAACACAGUGUUUAUCAGAAUUCUGUUGAUAAAAUAAUUGGAACUGAUAAUUAUGAAGUAAAUUUAUUUGAAAAUUCCUUCAAACAACAUUACUGUACACACCAUUUUAUACCAUCUCCUUUAGUGUUGUUUACAUGGUCGAAAUUAAUGCGUUCAGAAAUAUUCCGUAAACUUCUUAAGAGCAUUAUCACAUCAAGUUAUCAGAAUGGAAUUACAAGCUUACCUACUAACAAUUUGCCUGACACUGCAGAUGCAGAUGUGAUAGAUUUAACUAAUAGAAACUUACUAAGUAUACAGAAACUCAGCAAGUUAGAAACAUUGUUCUACAAUUAUUCAGCACCUAAAAAAGAUACAUCAUCCCAUCGUCAUCGUAUUUCACUGAACCCUACCGAAACAUUGAUGCUGUUGAGUCGAAACAAAGAAUGGGUUUCAAAUCAACCAGUUAAGGAAUUUUAUACAGAUAGUGAAAAUGAUAUGAAAUUCUAUCCGAAUUCAGGUGAUAUGUCUCACUUUUUUCAGUCGAAGUGUAGAUUUCCAUGGUGUGAUUUAUAUUCAGAAAAUCAUUCUAAUGAUAUACAUGAACAGCUGUUAAACUGUUCAGCUUGGAAACAAUCAUCUCCCCCUUCUUCUCUUAUCAAUGAAAUGGUGAAAACAGUAAAUCCAUCAUCUUCAUUCACUAAUUUUUCUAUGAAGGUUGAUCAUAUGGAUCCAAAUUCUUCAUCAUUAGUUUCAGGAGAAUUGAACCUAAAUGACAUCAAAAAAUCAUUCCUAUGUAGGUCGAAAUCACAAUCAUCUCCACCUCCACCGCCACCAUCAUCUUCAUAUUCUCCCCCAUUAAACUUUAGUGCAUUUACUAUGGAUCAAAAUAUGCUGUGUCCAUUGUGUCAUAAGUGUUUUCGAUUUGAAAAAAACUUACUCAGACAUUUGCAGAAGACGCAUUCAACAAGUACUGGUGAAUCCCUACUGAAAUGCAAAUUAUGCAACUACACAACAAGACAUUAUAGCAAUAUGUACGUGCAUAUUCGAACCCAUACAGGUGAUAAGCCAUAUUCAUGUUCAGCUUGUGGAGUAUCAUUUACUCAAGGAUCAUCUUUAAAACUACACAUUCGAUCACGUCAUAAUGAUAAUGGCAGUUACUUUUCAUUAAUACGUAAACCUGGUAAAAACAACUUGACAAAACUAUGGACAAGAGUUUUAAAAAAAGAUUUACCUAAAUUCACUUCAUUUGAAUCACAAAAUUCUUAUUAUUAUUAUCAUUACUGGAACAAAUGGAGGCAUUCAGUAAAUAUAGAACAAAAAAGUCGCUUAAAAAAUGUUAAGCAUAAGAGUAAAUUGAACACUGCCACUGAACAAGCAAACAAUAAUCUGGCUUGUUCAACAUCAAAUGAAUUUCAACAAAUAUAUAGUACAAAAGAAGGAGAUAAUAAACAUGGUGUUACUUUAAAUUAUUGGAAGUCAAGUAGCUGUUCUGGCUACCCAGAUCUUGAACCAGCAACAGGUAUAACUAAAAGAUAUACCAAACGUCCAGCAGAUCAAGCAGGUAAUGAACGUUUAGGACCGAAGCAUAAUAAACGCCGUUAUAUCAGGAAAACAAACAUCAGUGAACAUUUAACUGAAAUUCAAAAAGAAGAAAUGCGAUAUUCAAGUUGCAUGAAUGACUUAACAAUGAUUACCGAAGUAGAAAAUCCUACAACUCAAAAUACUAAACAGUCCGUUAUAAAAAUAAAGAAUAAUAUGAAGGUAGAAGAACCAGAUUCUAAAUUAUCGAAAACUGUACUAUAUUCUACGGUUUAUAACUAUUUAGGUGACCAAGAAUUUCAUACAAGCACUAUUCAUACUACUGACAUAACACCAGUACAACUUAAACAAAAAGUGGUAACUUCAAGCUGCUCAAACAGUUCUAGCAUCAAAUGUCAAGAAGAAUAUCUGCCAUUUUCGAUUGCUGCGCUACAACCAAGUUAA